GGAUGCUCGUGGAGACGUGCGCGACGUGCGUGGCCACGGAAGGGUGUUUUUCGAGCACCCAUCCACGGGCAAACAAACACGUUCGGAAACCGGGCCACCAAAACUAAGCCUCUAAAAGUGCUUGAAGUGUAUGGCGCGUCGGAACUCUUCUUUUCAACUACGCGACAUUUUGUGUGCGAUCCCCGGAAAACUGAACGACAGGACGCGUAGGUGAACCCGCGAGAAAAUUUUAACAACGAAGAGUCGAUGGACCUUUUCUCCGACACGUCGUCUGCCGUCGAAUAUGGUACGAAAUGAAAACUUCGUCUCUGCCGCCAAAGGAGGAAAGGUGGAUGCCCCGCAAGCACGAAUACCAUCGAGGUGUGGGACUCGGAUGCGGAAGUCGCAGCUCGAGGCCAGACAACGCCCGCAGAGCAGCGUCGCAGUUGGGCGACGUGGGCGACCCGCUCUUCCUGACGCCGUUGAUCGAGGCUGGUCAGCUGGAAAAAGCGCGCAACCUGAGCCGCGUUGGUUCGCUCGGGGCUGUGCCGGACUUCCCAGGAUACUCGGGAUUCCUCACAGUCAACAAGCAAUACGGAAACAACCUGUUCUUCUGGUUCUUCCCUGCCAAGGAGAAUCCGGAGAAGGCGCCCGUGGUUCUGUGGCUGCAGGGAGGACCGGGCAGCUCCUCGCUGUUCGGGCUGUUCGUGGAGCACGGACCGUACCGGGUGGCCAAAGGCGGCGUGCCCGAGCUCCGCGGAACCACGUGGGCGCAGCGUUACUCGAUGCUCUACAUCGACAGCCCGGUCGGCGCCGGCUUCAGCUUCACCCAGGACGACCGCGGAUACGCUCGCAACGAGGUAGACGUCGGCCGUGACCUGCACGAGGCCCUGCAGCAGUUCUUCACGCUCUUCGAUGAGUACGCGGCCAACGACUUCUAUGCAACGGGAGAGUCGUACGCCGGCAAGUACGUGCCGGCCAUCGCGCACGCCAUCGACAGAGCCGUGGCACCCAGGGUCAAGAUCAACUUGCGCGGCAUCGCCAUCGGAGACGGAAUGGUCGACCCGGAGACCAUGCUCGACUACGCCGACUUCCUCUACCAGAUCGGCCUCGUAGACAGAGGACAAGCCGACUACAUCCGCGCGGAGAGUGCUCGGGCCGUUGGCUACAUCAAGCAGGGAAGAUACAUGGACGCGUUUCUGAGCUGGGACAAAUUUUUCAACCUAGACGCUUUAUACCAGUCAUCGUACUUCAAGAAUUUCACUGGUUUAGACUCGUUCUACAACUUCCUGCUGUCGAGUAACCCUUACUGCUUCGACUAUUACAAGGCAUUCGUCGACUCGCCCGUUGUCCGCAAGGCCAUUCACGUGGGUAACCUGACUUUCAACAACGGUGACGCCACUGGGAGGCACCUUCGUGGGGACAUCAUGCAGUCCGUCAAGCCGUGGCUCGCAUCCCUCAUGGACAAGCCGCAGUACAAGGUGCUCAUAUACAACGGUCAACUGGACAUUAUCAUCGCGUACCCACUGACGGACAACUUCGUGUGCAGCAUCCAAUGGUCCGGCAAGGAAGCUUUCGACAAGGCGGAGCGUAAGAUUUGGAAGAGACCGGACGGAAACGGUGUCGCAGGCUACGUCCGAAAAGUGGGAAAUUUCACGCAGGUCCUUGUUAGGGACGCCGGUCACAUCCUGCCCUUCGACCAGCCCGAGGUUGCGCUCGACCUUAUCACUCGAUUCAUCGAAGGGAAGCCCUUCGACGCGUGAAAUCCUUACUUGCAGGAAGGGCAGAUCAAGAAUUCUUAUAAUUGACGUGCAUGCAAAUAAACGCAGCGGAAUGUGAA